AUGGUUCCCAUGCAAAUCAAAAUCCCGAUGUGGACUGGUGAACAGUCUGCGAAUGGUGAUUCUAAACCUACGUAUCGCAGGGUCCCGAGUGUCCGAGAGCAAAUCUACAGGUCCUACUCGGUUGAGCAAGUCAAAAUGUCCCAAGAUGCACAAAUAUCUGGUCUCUUUCCCGCAUCUACCCCCGGUCGCUGGCCCGCUCUGGCUUGCACAUGUUGCUACGACCCCUUCUCGGAGGAACGUGCGCGUGAUCAGUUGAGACAGUUGCAUCGCUAUCGUUACGGCAAAACAUCCACGAGCCAUUCCAAACUGAUGUACAACAGCCUUCUGCCUUGGAAUGUAUCAUUUCAGGUUCUGAGCUUCACGAACAACUUCGCGUUGGCGCACUCGGACCAGCACCCUCCAAGUUCCAUACAGGAUCGAUCAAACACGACUCAUAAGCUGCCAAGGCGUUAUCAGCGCGCUGCUAGCUCGGCAGCUCAAUCUGGUCGGACCCCACGCAAUCAGCCAUCACCUCAGAAAACUCGGCGAAGAACUUCUAAGGAGAAUCUGGUUAAUGAUUGCAACGGUGUACAACAGGACCAUGCUCGAAGAGUAUCUGCGGGUGGGAGGUCGGACAUCUCGGAAUCAGAAAUACGCAUUGAGGGAGAGCUGCUCGGUCCUUGCUUUUUUGGACUACAAGAGACAGGUUUCAGACGACAACAACAACGAUUGUCAGCUGUGACAACACCCGUGUUGAAAAGGUCCACGGUCUCCCAUGCUUACACAAUGCAUGAUAUUCGAAGCAUCCCCAACAACUUUCCGAAUUCGCCCUCAAUAACACAAUCCAGCCUAUUCAGUGUGCCUUACCGCAGUUGUACGGGUCUCUACGGCAGCAAUUCCAACAUUUUCGACCUACUGGGGGCAGCGAAAAUUGACUUUACUCGUCUUCCAAGCCCAGAAGCGGUUGUGAUCCGGCUGAAGGCCCGUAACAGAGCUUCCACCCUCGAGUCUGACACCAGUUUUGAGGAGGGAGUAGCCAUUCGACUUUUCAGUACAAGCAGCCCCGUGGAAAACACGCCAACAGGAUACCAACACUUGAGACUACGUUUUGGGCAACCGUUUCCGUCUGAUUCAAGUUCGGAAGAUCACCGCAGUCGACAUGAAGUAUGCCAUAGUCAGCUGUGUAAUACAGUGGGUUUGUGGAUUUUCUGUAAGAUAGACUUAGCUAUCCAUGCACCAAUAUCUCUUGGUGAACUUGUGGAUACAGUGAGCCAGGAACUGUCGAGCCGGUGCAACAGCUUGACACGCAAGUACUACUGCACAGAACAGGGACAGAGUAACGACGGCUUCACAUCAUCGCUGCGCAACGUCCAAAUGCCAUCAGCCGACUUGGUUCAGUCUGCUAUUGAAAUGGAGAUGUGA